AGGCAGAGGGUGGAACUGACAGAGGGGGUGAGGCUGUCAGAGAGGGGAAAUGAAGCAGUAAGCAAGAUUGGCUGCACCAGAGAUCCAGUCUGUGCACAGCUUGUGUCCUGAAGAACUGCAGAAAGGAAGGAGCUUGUAGGGACAACAGGAUAUCACUGAAGCCUUGUGUUUCCACCUUAUCGUUUUCAUCUAUAACCGGACGGUACUGGAUAAUUCAUAAGCCUCUCCCUCCAGCUCUGCGUGUGGAGAGAGAGGGGGACUGCGAGCACUCCACCAUGUGUCCUGCUGCUGUCAAUGCAGGUGUUCUGUGGCUGCUGGCUCUGCUCGGCUCAGGCCUGUCUCCGGUCCAGGCCUCGGGCUUCAGUCAGUGCAGCCACAGCUUCUACAGACAGAGCCCGCCCCAGGGCAGCUACGGCGGGCCCCUAAAGCCGCUGUGCCACUCGAGACCUGAGGGACAGUCGUUCGCCACUUUGUACCAGCCGAUCUGCGGCAGCCCUGUCUACUCUGCCUUCCAUCUGAGCAGCGGGCCGACGGCUAGCGCAGCAGAAGAAGCAGAGCCUGUGAUUAAAGACGAUGAAAGUGUCAAUGUGGUGGUCCCGGCUCUGCUCACAGGGGACAGUGACAAGCCAGAGCUGUCUCCUGAGGUCUCCCAUCUGCAGGAAUGGGACUCAGCCGUCACCGCUCUAGUCCAAACGAACGUCGCCCCCCAGUGUCAAACCUCGGGGGGCGAGCUGUACGUCCUGACCGGAGCCGGGCGACUCGGGACUGAUGGAAUAGAACAGUGUGACAUGAAGCCGCUGUGGUCGGCCGUCUGCUGCGCCGCUCCAGAGGGAAAAGACAGCUCCAGCGUGGCCUUUAUCAGAGACGCAGAGGGAGGGCAGAAGCAAGUGUCUGUGAAGGAGCUGGAGGAGCUGUUAGGCGUGACGGAGCUGUUCUCUGAGGGCUGCGGAGGACAGGACGGAGGAGUUAUCGCAGACAUUUCUCAAAGCGAAGCCCAGACUUUGAGCGCGGUAGCUUCAGAGGCGGCUACGGAAGAAGAUUUAGUAAGUAACGAAGAGAAUACGGCCCAGAGUGACCCGACUCCUGACACAGAAUCAACCAGCGAGCAGACAGAGGGCAGCACCGAGUCUCAAGCGUCUACAGUCGCUGAAGUCGCCGCUGAAGAAAAAGCUACAGUCGCUGAAUCGGCAAAAGCAGAUCAAAUUUCACCUGACGAGGAAGAAUCAGCAGUGACAUCCUCUGAGUCUAAGUCUAGGUCUAUUCCAUCAGACGCCCCUUUGGUCUUGGAGCGGGUGGAGGAGCAGGAGGAAGACGAUAACUCCACCAGUGCGUUUUUCUACAUCCUCUCCACCACUCUGUCCAUCCUCAAGGCCCCUCUGCGUCCGGUGGUGUCGACGAUCACUGAACUCCCAGGGCAGGUGUCGUAUGUUCUUCAGGAGGAUCUGGGAGUCCUGUCUGCUUUGCCUGGAGACACUUACUCCGUCUUCCACCUUCUGAUCUCAGACGUGUUUUCUGGAAUUGGCUCGGCUUUCCGGCUAGUUUACGACGUAGGAGAGGCGUGCUUCUCCCGAAUUUACUAUUGCGCUUCCUCAAUGGGGGGAGCGCUGUUCAGUAGCUGUUACACUGGAGUAACUGGGAUUGGAACGUUAGCUGGUGACACUCUGGGAAUUUUUGGUGACAUGUUAGAUAAUUCCUGGUGGGUGACGAAGUUUUUUGGAGGUAGGUUAGUGGAGCAGAGCGGGGACUACGUCGGGACCGUUGUGGGAGAGUUGGGGAGCCAGACCAGCGCUGUGGGAAGUGGGUUUGGAAAACUAGCAUGGAAAAGUGGGAAUGGGGUAGGAUAUUGUUUUAAAGUUGUAUGGAGGGUUUUUAAAGGGGUGUUUGAUAUUAUAUUUGCCAUACUCGGAGAUACUUUCGAACGAGACAGAAAUCAAGAGACACUGGACAUCAUUCCCGCUGUGCUUCCGGAGCAAACGGACUAAAGACGUGUUCAGUUUUCAAAGGGUUGCAAAGAUAAUUUACUGUGUCAUAAAGGAAGAAUUCGGGCUGCGUUCACACUCAUCUGGGUUUGGUUUUGUUUUGGUUUUGGUCAUGGUUUGAUCUUCUUCUUAUCCUGGUUAAUCCUGGUCUAGUCCUGGUUUAGUUCCGGGUUUAUUUGUAAAAGCCAAAGUUAAAUCUGUCAACUGGACAAAACGUCUUCAGUCCUACAGCGUUUCGUCCAGUGAGAUUUAACUUUAGCUUUUUACUAUGGAUCAGACCUGACUGUGUGUGUGUGUGUGUGUGUGUGUGUGUGUGUGUGUGUGUGUAGGGGGUGUGUUUGUUUGUGUGUGGGGUGUGUGUGUGUGUGCUCGUGUGUGUGUUAUAGGGACCAAAAUCUGCACACACAUUUAUUUGGGGAACAAAAACCACAUAAAUCCUUUAUUAUUAGAUCAACAACAUGGUUUAAAGUUCAGACAUAAGUUAAAAUAGGUUAAGGUUAAAGUUUAGGUUAAGUUUAGGCAAUAGUAACCAUGGUAACGAAGGGCCCAUAUUACACUAUUUUCUGAUCUAUGUUAUAUCGUUUCCUCAUCAAAAACAUACCCAGACUUGGUUUUGUUUCAUUCACACAUGUUGUUUAAUUUAAGCUGAGUUCUUCUCUCAGACAGAAAACACUCUGUCCCACCUUGUGAUGUCAUCAUGUGGCAAUACAGGAAGUGCUCCACUGUGUUUUUAAACUCCACACACCUUCAUUUCUAGAAUCAUUUGAAUCAUUGCAGCUCUGGAAUGGACAAUCUCUACUGAACUAAAGGUAAAAGGAGCUGUUAACAUGAAAACUACCACUUGAUGACAUCACAAAGUGGAACAGAGCAUUUUUAGCUUUGGAGAUGUAGACAGAUUAAUAAAGUGUUACUCAAAUAUGUGUGAAUGAAACAAAAGCACAACUCCAGAUCUGUUUUUGAGGAGGGAGCAACAUUCUAUAACAAUUUUGCAUAAUAUAAAACUUUUAAGGUUAGAAUUUGUGUCCAGGAAAUAAAUGUAUAAGUCGAUGCAAUGUGCCUAAGAAAUGGAAACCCAAUGUGUGUGUAGGUGUGUGUGAAAGUGUGAACGCAGCCUUAUUUCACUUCAAAUGAGGAGACAUAAACAGAACCUGCUUAGCUAAACACACUGUGAUUCCUGUGAAAUUUGCUCCUAGUGUUAAAACUUUAAGCAGGCUGCAUACGUGAACUUUUAUUUGUUUUGCUGCAAGGAUUGGGACAGCAAAUGAACUGAUCAAAAUGACUCUGGAACAGCACUUCCUCGAUGAAUGUCUUAAUAGAUUCUUGUUUACAAACUGUUCUUCGUGUUGCCUUUUGCAUUUGGAUAAAGAACUGAACGAAUCAUCAGGA